UUUUUUCUUUUCUCACAAAACUGUUGUUUUACAUGUGACAAAUGGUUGGGUUUUUCCCAAAUCACUUUAAGAAGCUUCUCUAAAAUGUAUUCACCUAUCAUACCCAGUCAGGUUUUACAAAUGUAUAUACCCAAAUUGAUUCCUUUUUUAUUAAUACUUAAUCCACUCAUUUUCCCCUCAUCCAGCCAAGUUUGUUUGUUUCUUUAGAACAUUUAUAUAGCCUCUGAACCCAAACAUGACUCUGGGCAGUAUACAAAAUCAUUAAACAAAAAUAUGAAAGAAGAAUAGUACAUACCAGUAAAGUAAACUAAAACAAUUAAAAUCAGGACUAAAAUAUUUUAUAUCUCAUAUAAACUCAUCCUGACCCAAGUGCCCAGGGAAAGAGCCAGAUCUUAAUUGCCCUUCUGGAAGCCUGUGGGGUUGAGGCCAACCAUAUAUCAGUGGUUAGGGAAGAUAAUUCCAAAGGGCAGGGGCUGUCACUGAGAAGGCAUGCUUCCUGGGUCCACAAGUGACACUGUUUCCAAGAAGGGACCAGGUGUGUGCUUUCUUUGUUGAGGUAUGUGGGAUGGGCAGAUAUCUUUGGGAGAGAACAGUCCCACAAAUAAUCCAUUCUUCUGCCAUGUGGGACUUUUAAUAGCCAGCACUUUGAAUUGCACCUGGAAGCAUAUAGGAGCCAGUGCAACUUUCAGAGUAGAAGUGUUACAUGGAUGUAAUGAGGAAUUCCCAUAGCUACCUGUGCUGCUACAUUCUAGACCAAUUGAUUACUCAGUUGAAUCCCUUCUACACAUAUUGUCUUUCUUGCUGGAUGCACUCUCUCAGACAUAAUCACAUAUCCCAUCUUUUAAACAUAUGUCUCAUUUCUCCCAGCUGCACCAUUACCCUACCAAACUUCUCUCCAGUAGCUCUGUUCCUUCCAUCUUUAUUUCCUCUAGCUUACCAGGGGCUGAUGAAGAGGGUUUUCCCCCCCUCAUUCAAAUUAUUUUUUUUCAGGGUAGCUAGGUGUGUAACAAACUGCAGUGCUGGCACUCACAUACACAAGCUUUUUUAAAAGGGGCAUUAAAAGAAAAUGGCUGAAGUACUAUUUAUUGAUGCUGUUUCAUGGCUCAACUUUGGGCAAUCAGACUGGCUUCAUUUUCUUGCUCAGUUGGAAACACUUCUAAUAAACAUUAGAUACAUUUUGAAAGAAGCUGCUUCCUUUUUAUAGUUAUAGAGAAAAUGCAAAAGGUACUUAAAUGUUCAAAUGAUAGAAAUGUGACUUUCACUGACAUUCAUUUAACUAAAAACCUCAUUUUGGGUGGUUUAUAGAUUCGAGAGGAAGAUAAGGGCCCUGUUUAUCUAUAUUUUGAAAGUAUGAUGACUUGUGCUCGUGUGCGAAUAUAUGAACGGAAAGUACGGGAAAAAGGUCAACAGGAAAAGUGUCCCUGGAAUUGUGAAAAACAUAUUGAAAAGGAGCAUGAUGCUGAACCCCAGCCCCUGAAAAUUGAAGAGGAUAAAGACCCUGGAGAGAAAAGCUGGUGGUUUUCCUGUAGUGCUGGGGAUCCAUCCACUUCUUAUGUACAUCAUAUUACUUCAGAUGGCAAAAACAAACUAAUUGAGAUUAUUUCUGAUUGCAAUUGGGAGGAGGAUCGUAAUGAGAUACUGAAUAUCUUAUCACAGCAUAUCAAGAAUAAGAUGCCUAAAUCGCUCAAAGUAGGGCAUUUCCUUAUUGAGCUAGAAUCUGAAAGUAAAACCUGGGAUGAAAAGCACACACCCAUCUAUUCCUCACGAGUGAAAAUCUCCAUACCACCAUGCCAGAACAAAAACCAAAACCCUCCUAUAGCUGUUGUGUCACCUAAUGCUGGAUUGUCACCAUGCAAAAUGAUGGAAAAAAUGAUGUUAACACCCAACAUAUUACAGGAACAGAGGAAGAAAGGUUUACCCUUUUAUGCAGGACUUCCUUCUGCAGGAAAGCUGACUGCUAACACAUGCAAAUGUGACUUGAAUCCCUCAGGUUUGAUUCAGGUUAAUGGUAAAAAUUCUCCUCAAGCCAAACUUCUUUUGGGACAGAUGGGAGCGCUGCAUCCAGCCAGUCGUCUAGCUGCUUAUCUUACAGGUAGACUACAACCAACAGUGCUUGAUCUCUCAACAGUGAUUUUCAAGAUAGCACCCAAUAGUAAACUUGCUGCUUCUAAUUCACUGUCAACUGAAGGGUCCACAUCAGAAACAUCUAAAACUCCAUUUUCCAGUGAUACUACAUCAGUCUCCACUGCUCAUGUCUCAGCACAGAGACAGAUAGCUCCUCGGCCAUUACUGGAUGGUGUGACCUCUCAAUUGGUUGUGAAUACAGUUGGAGGUCUGCAGAAGAAGGCUCCUGAAAUUAGAUCAUCCCAACCUCUGACAGGACCACAGAAAUUCAAUACCAAAUCUGUCCCACUUUCUGCUGGUUCAACUGCAGUUGUUACUACAGCUGCUACAAUUUCUGUGGCAUCACUUCCUGUAACUAUUCCUAGCCCUUUACAGAAUAACAGUGCUACCUAUCCUUCUGACAUUGCUUUAACAAAUACUGUUGGAAAACAAGAAAUGAAUACAUCCUCAACUACAGCUGCUGUUGAAACAACAAAGCCAGUUACAACCAUGGCUUUUGCUAAGUCUUCAGCUCCAGUUUCUACAUCCCUUCCCACAACUGUAUCCACAGUCACUGUGACCUCACCAACUUCAUCAGUUGGCUGUGUUCAUCCUCCUGGACUCUCAGGAAUUCACAAAAGCCCUUUGUCAAAUCAAAAACAGGGUGCUACAAGUCCUCCAGGUUUGCCUCGUGGAGCAGAGAAUCGUACGGGUACACGAUUACUUUUGAUUCCAGUACAUCAGGGUUCUCCUACUUUGCGACCUUCACAAAAUAUGCAAGUUGCUCAUGGCAAAAGAAUGAUUUUACAACCUUUGAGGCAUCCAGGUGCUGUUAAUCUCUACCGACACCCGAAUGGCCAGAUUAUUCAACUUGUUCCCUUGCAUCAACUUCAACCUGCAGGAUCACAGCCCAGUUUACAGCCCAUAAUGCUCCGUAAUCCAGGCUCUGUGGUAGGAAUCCGGUUGCCUGGACCUUCUAAGCUUCCUGAAACAUCUGUAUGUCAAGCUUCUGCUGUUUCAUCUGUGACCUCCACUACCCCAACAACUUCAAUUCUGUCCACAUCUCCUUCAGUUUUGUCUGCACCCUCACUUACAGAUAACACUUCUGUUUUGUCUGGGACAUUCACCAGCACAACCACUGCAGUAUUAUCAGAAACUCCUACCUCUGAGUCCUCUUUAAUGCUUUCCAUGUCCUCUAAUGCUUUAUCCAUAUCCCCUGCUGCUGAAACAUCUUCACUUUUGUCCAUGGCCUCUACUACUGACAUUCCUUUGUUGCCCAUGACCUCUUCUACUACACUUGUACCUUCUACUGCUGCAAUUUCAUCAUCCCUACCCUCUUCUAUGCCUGUUUCCCCUACCAAUAAGUCUCCGUCAGUUUUGACUGUGUCACCUAUUGCUACUAAUUCUCUGUUGCCUAUGUCCCCUUCUAAAAUACCUAUGUCUCCUGUCAUUGAGGGCACUUCUGCUGCUCCUGAAUCCCCUGUCAUGAAUUGGACAUUACAGGACAUUAGAACUACAGCUGUCCAUCCUGCUUCAGUCACUCAAGCAACACCUGUUAAUUCUUCAGGUCCUAUGUCCCCAACUGGUACUUUGACUCUGAGAAUUUCUCCUUCUGGAAUAAAAAACAAUUCCAAUCAAACAAGUUCCCAGUCUAAAAUAAGAUGUAGCACCAGUGGGCUACAAAGCAAUAUAAAUAAUCUAAUAUCUCUACAGUCAGGCAGUUUUGCUUUGCUUCAGUUUCCAGGGCAGAAGAAUGUUCCAAGUUCCAUUGCCAAGAAAGUUGCAUCUCUCGAGAUUAAGAUUUCACAUAAGAAAAAUGAGGUCAGUGCCAAUAAGUUAGAAGAAAAUUUGAUAUGUUCACAAGCAGCAGAAAUUAUUGAGUCAGAAAUCACUAAAUUGAAAGAAAACAAGCUACCAUCACAUAACCCAGACUUCCAUACUGAAGAGAUAACACAUAACAGGAAUAUAUCAGAUACAGUUGAAAAGGAUGCUGAAAUGUUGAAGAAGUUACCAAGUUGUGCUCUCAUGUUACAGGCUAAUAUACAAUCAGACCACUCCUAUACCAGUGAGAAGCAAAAAUGUGAGGAAAAUGUAGCAUUGGUUAAGAAAAACAAUCAAGACAAAGAUGCUGAACACCCCUUAGAUAAAGUUUCAUAUUAUUCUAAGGGUGUAUAUAAUGAAGUUGCAGUUCUUGCCCAUGAUAUAUUAGAAGAAAGGUCAAUGCAAAAUCCAGUUACUGAAUCAAAAAAAGCUGAACAGACACCAUUAGAUACAGAAGCAGGAUUGAUUAUUGAACAGUCCUGGUGGAAACCAUGGGGUAAACACAAAAGAAACCUGAAUAAUACUGAAAAGCUGCAAAAAAAGACUAAACCUCCUCUAGAUCCAUGGAAAAAUGAAGAUCCAGAAUUACCAAGACAGAACAUGAAGGAAAAGUGUGGCUUUGUGACUAAAGAAAAGGACAAAGAAGAAGAAGAAAGUGAGAAGGCCAAGAUCACUAUUGGAAAAAAUAAAAAUAAUGCAUUAGGAAAUGAAUACAUGGAUAGUGCUUAUGAAAAUUUGCAUGAAAGAAAUACUGGUUUUCAAAGUAACUCUAGCUCUUCUAGCUAUGAAAAAAAUAUUAAAGAUAUUCAGGAAGAUAAUCAAAAUAAGAAAGAUGAGCAAAAGAUUAGUAGAACUUGGGACAAAAUAUCCAGACAAUCCUUAGUUGUGCAAAACAAAAUCAACAUGGAUGAUGAUGAACUUGCAGAGAAAUUAACAAAAUCCAUAGAACAAAAUAUAUGGAAAACCAAGAGUCAUAGAAAAAAUUCCUCACCUAUUAUUGAUAUUACUCGGGAUGAUACAGAAAAAGAUGAAAAAACAGAGGAAUCUGCUGAUGAGAUGAUUGAUGAAGUAUUUGGAUAUCAAAGUGAGGAUACAAUGAAUGUUGAAACAUUGAAUGAAAGUGAAUCCAGUGAAGCUGAGGAGAAUGUGGACAUUGAGACUGUGGAGGAACUUUCAGAAAAAGUUAAUAUUGCUCGCUUGAAGGCUACGGCUGCCCAUGCCUUAUUGUCCAAACAGUUGCACUUUGUUCGUAACCAUUCUAAUAAGAUGACGACCAAACGUUAUAAGCAGUCUGAGUUUUCAAACAAAAAGUUAAAGAAUGAAGAGGAGGCCUUUGCUAACUAUCGACAAACACAUACAGCAAACGAACGUCGCCGUCGAAAAGAAAUGAGGGGACUGUUUGAAAAAUUGAAAACAACAUUAGGAUUGCACACUUUUCCCAAAGUUUCCAAGUGCUUCAUCUUAAAACAAGCGUUUGAAGAGAUCCAGGGUCUAACUGAUCAAGCAGACAAACUCACAGGACAAAAGAACUUAUUGUUGCGCAAGCAGGACACCUUGAUUCGUAAAGUAUCUGCACUUUCAGGAAAGACACAAGAAGUAGUCUUGAAGAAGUUAGAAUACAUUUAUGCUAAACAGAAAGCAAUAGCAGCUCAAAAAAGAAAGCAGAAUGAACAAACAGAAUCUAUGAAGAUGAUUGAAACUAUGGAAACUACUAGUCCUUCGGUGGAAAAUGGUCCCAGUUCUGUCCUUAGAGAGGUGAAACCAGUGGUUUUAUCCAAUCAACGUACAAAACCAUUGAUACUUUCCAGGAAAGGAAACCAUGUCACAGGAGACCUACCUCCUUCCAUAACAUUAACAAAUGCCAACCUGGUAGUGACUACAAAUGGCCAGGUUCUGGCAUUCAGAAGCUCAUUGGUGCCAAGGCAGGUUACUACCCUGUCUUCCACACUUCUACAAGCCAAACUCAAAUCAGAAACUGAGAGCAAUAAUGAGACAGUGCAGUCAGCAGAAAAUGAAGAUUCAUUCUUGAUGCCAAGAAUCGUGAAUGUGACAUCACUUGCUACUGAAGAAGAAACAAAUUUAAAUCUGGAUGCAAAUAAAAGUCCUUAUAUAACGCUAAAUACCGAUUCUCGGGCAUCUGAGCUUUCUUUGCAAGUUGUAUCUCAGGAGAUAGCGAAUCAUAAGUGCAAAGAAAAAGAUGAAGCUUCUGAAAAAGAGAGAAACAUUACUGGAAAAACACAGGAAUUGCUUCAGGAAAAAUACAGUUUUCCACAAAUACUAAAUGUCUCCAGUUUAAAGUGCUCUUCAGAAUCAUAUGGAACAAAGCUCUGCAUUGAAGAAUUAACUGGAAGCCAGACAUGGGCCAAACAGGUAGACGGAGGAGGAGGAGAAUAUCAGAAGUCAAAUAAUUCCUCAUUGCAAAAGCUACAGGUUAAUAAAGCCAAGGACUCUGGAUCAGAAAUGGAAUUGCAACAAAUUGCUUCUGUAAUUCAUGAACCAACACCAGAUACAAGAGGUUCAAUAGAUAUAGAGGAGAAUGAUGAUACAGAUGAAACUCUGACCUCACUUCUGAAUGAAAUUGCAUUUCUCAAUCAGCAGCUGAAUGAUGAUGCUUCAGACAUACCAGAACUUCCCAACCCGCUAAGCUCUGGCUUUUCUCUAGCAGAUACGGAAAGUCGCCAGGAAUCAAAUUCAACAGGUGGCUCUGCCUUCCAAUUUGGUACAGUGGGUGGGAAUUUUAACGAUGUUUCUAUGGUUCAAGACAGUGGUGAUUCCAUAACUCCUCUCCUACUUCACUUGGAUGAUGAUGAUUUUCCCAGUGGUAAUAGAAAUACAGGAGAGCUUUCAUCAGAAUCUGAUGCUUUAAAAAUCAUGCUAGGCUCUGAAGUAAGGAAUAGAAAUUCCAACCUCUUAAAAAUAAACGGAAGUGGAAAAAACAUGGAAUCCUCAGCAAAGACAAGAAGUGUUUCGCCUCCCGUUCUACAUAUGAAAACUAAUUUAGAAGCUGGCAGUUCUGACGUAUCAUGGAGGCCUAUGCCCAAAUUGGCACCCCUGGGGUUAAAAGCUGCUAAUCACUCAUUGGAUUCUGAAGGACAGAAUACUAAAGUGAUGCCUGCACUGGCACCUGUUGCUUCAAAAGAGAAAAAAGUGGCACAGUCAGCGAUUAACCCAAGUCAGGAUUCUAAAGCAACAAACACAAAAACAGCAGCAGUGACAAAAUCAAAUUAAUUAUCGUCGUGUUACCUUCAAAUUUUAAUAAUUUCUUUCUGACUUUUGAGACUUAAUCUAUAUGUAAGGUACAUAUGUGUAUCUGGCUGCUUAUGUUACAUUGUCAUAUAUUAUAAAAAGUGUGCAUGUAAUUUAUGAAAACAAAGUUUUGUACUAGAGGUUAAAAAGUCAAAUUUAAGAGGCUAACCAGACAGAUGAAUAAUGCAAAUGCUUAAUUUAUCUGUUAUUUUGGUAGAACCCUUGUAAAAUAUGUUGAGGCUCUUUAAUCAAUUACAUAUUUCUGAAAAUUCAUUCUGGGAAGAAAAAAUGCAGAACUAAGCUCUUUCCUUCAUAACAACUAACAUAGUGAGAAUUUUAAUUGCUUUGCUCAAACUCCAGUGGAGUUGUUCUUAAAUGGCAGGAAAGUUGUCAUAGUUAUUUUCUUUUUAUGACACUGCCACAGAAUCUUUUUUUAAAGUAUUUUAAAAAAUCAGGAAUGUAAAUGGUUUGUAUAAAUAUAUAUUAUCAUAUUAUGCAUUCAGGAACUCAGAUUAAAGCAUUUCAGCAACAAAGUAUUUUCUGUAAUACAAUGUUGUUUAAUUUGUGGAUCCUCACUGUAAAGCUAGUGAAAUGUGAAGAUAUUUCAUAUUGUAAAAUGAUUUAUAUUUUUGUAUACAGAUUUUUGUAAGUAUGUACAAUAAUGCAUUUUUUCAUCUAGGAAAAAUACUAAAUGUUUCCAAAUUAUUGUAAAUGAUACAUUUUUCACUAGGUGUGAAGUAUUUGAAUACUUUGAACAGGUUGUUAUAAGAAAUCUGAAAACUUACACAUUUUAUGUAAAUUAAUUAAGGAAGGUAAUGGUUCUGGUUGUCCCAACAUAAAAUGUUAAAGCUUUCUUGACUUACUUACAUUUGAAGCUUCCCUCUCUUAUCACAUAGGUUGAGUUAACUGUUGAGAGUCAGUUUUCUGUAUAGACAUGAAAAAUGAGCAAUUCUGGUCUGCUCAUAGAGCAAAGCUUCACAUACAAUGCAAAGACACAAGUCAGAAUUACUUCUUGUGGGUAUUCUUGAGCUUUUAAAAAUAUGUACACUCAAAGGAGGAAAAGUGGCUCCUGAACUCUUCUUUCUCAAACAUUUUAACAGAAAUAACAUUGCUGCAUUUAUCCCCACUGGCUGUUAAAUCUUCAGACAAUUACAGAAUUACUUACAGUUUUUAGUUCUCCCUUUAUUAAUGCAAUUGUUUUAAAAGCUUUCUAAUAUUAGAAAGGAAAAGUUAUUAAAAAUAUAUAAGUACUAAGCAGUGUGGAUUAAACAAUUCAUUAUUUUUCACUGCUGCACAUAUUUCCUUAUCCUAUAUUUCAGUUUAUUGUAAGUUUUCCUCUGUUUCUUGAUUCAAGGUGUUCAUUCAGUGCCUUAGGACAUGAAAGGAAAUCCAAUACAUAAGUACUUAAUUAAAAUCUGACUGAGCUUUGUAUUUUAGGGCUUGGACUCCAAUGUAACACAACCACUUUAAGUGUUUUAUCUGGACAUGCAACUGAGAAUGUGGUUUCUCUGAGGAGCCUGUCCCACAGACAUCUACAGAUAAUUGUGUGAACAUCAGCAGUGAUGGGGCCCUUGUAUGUAGAGCUGUAAAUCAGACAGCUUUCAUGAGCACAGUAACUCUUUGUUGUUAGGAUUUCUCCUUGUGUGGAUUCCUGUCCUCAGACAUCUUGCUUGUUCAGAUAAAAAAGCCUGAAGAAGGUUUGUGCCAGUUUGCUUACCUAUAUUAAAUAAACAUAAAAUAAAUUAAGCCAAACAUUUCUUUCAUGAGAUCACCAUUACACUAGAAACUUGACCAAAACAUUAAUUUUUCUUUCAUUCUUUUCUCACUCCUUUUGCCUAGUGUUUGCUUGUUUCUAUGAGCUACAGAAACUAAAGAAAACCCCACCCCUCCACAUUUCACUAAGAACCCUAGAGCAAAUUAUACCAUUACUAUUAUGGUCAUUUUACUUCUUGACUAAACAUGGCUAUUUUAAAGGUGCAAUGCAUUAUAAUGUAAUAGGCAGUAAAGAAUUUCAGGAAAGUUUCUAUAUUCAAGUAUGAUGCAUAGAACUCUUUAAAAUACCAGCACCCAAUCACCUCUUUCCAUAGUUAGUUUUGGUCUGCAUUUCAGUACUGGUUCUAAAAUUUUUAAAAAUAAUACUAGUACAUCCUACGAUACUAUUCCUUAUGUAUUUCAAAAGUAGCUUUGAUGAAAAUUAUGUAUAGUUUUUUAGGAAUAAUAAUGCAAGACUGAAUUUUAUAAGCAUUUUCUAAUCAAGAGAACAGUUAAAACUGAGAAUUUAUGCAUUUCACUUAAGCUUGUAAAUUUGAUUUUUAAUUCAUCUGUAAAUGGCUGAAAUGUUUUUUAAUAACACAAUGUCAGGUUUUGUUUCUAUUAUAUAUUCCCUCUUUUUCUGUAUCUACUAAAAACGAGUAUUUUUGUAAUUAUCUAACCAUAAAGCCUAUCUGAAUAACUGUGAGAGGGAGAAUCUGUAUAAUUAAAAUAGUCUUCAACUAGAAAAUGGUUUUGAAAUAUUAUUUCUAGGCCAAAAACCAGAGGUGAAACUGAGAGGGUAACAGACC